AUGGCGUCGGUCCCCUUCUCCACUCUGAUUGACCGUGUUCGUUCCGGCGUAUCAUCCAUCGAGCUGGUGUAUACGUCGCAUGAAAGAUGGCCGCUGCCUCGGUUAUCACCCUUGCGCACUCUUCGGGUGUCAAUCCUUGACUCGUCUUUCAACCCUCCCUCUCUUGCUCACCUUGCGCUCGUCAAUGCACCACAUAUAUGUCAUUUGGCCAGGGAGCCCGAUAGGAUUCAAGUUGAGGGGGAUUAUGAUGCAAAACUUCUUCUGUUGUCCGUGCGUAAUGCUGACAAGCAGCUCAAACCGGGGGAUGCAACUUACGUUCAGCGUCUUGAGAUGAUGGUUCUGCUCGCCAAGGAUAUCGUUCGAAAUCGGCCCAUUUGUCUUCAGGAUCAUUUCCAGACCUCUCAUUCUGAUUAUGCGCAAACUGCAUACGAUAACGCUGCAGUCGCCAUCAUUGACGAGCCCACGUUCGUGGGCAAGUCGAAGGCCCUCAUUCAGUUCUUACGGCAGCGUGUGUCAUCCUACCUUCCGAGCUCUCCGGACAUCGACCUCACUGCAGCGCCGGAUAUACCUUCAUCUGCUAGCGUCACUCAAACGGUCAGACCACAGCUGACUUUUCUUGUGGGGAUGGAUACUCUUGAACGUCUCUUCGCUCCCCGCUUCUACCCCUCCGAAGAGGCUAUGCUACAGGCCCUCCGUCAGUUCUUUUCCGUAGAUGGGGAUGAUGCGCGUGUCGUUUGCGCACGGAGGGUUCUUCCUGGAAUAAUGCACACGCAGGACGAGAAAGGACAAGAGUUCUUGGGCAUCAUCCAUGACUAUCUGCAAAGGAAUCGCGUGACCAUGAUUGAAAUCGGGGAACAUGAGAAAGAGAUUAGCAGCACGCAGAUCCGAAAUCUGCUGGGAGGAGGAGACAACGCGUGGAGGAGGAUGACCACAUCCUCUGUGGCGGAGUAUAUCACACAGCAAGGGUUAUACAGCACUACGUAG